AGCCAUGCUUCCUUCAGAAGAUAACAGAUCCCAACAGAGAAAAGAAGAUGUCACAUCUCCUUUGGAGGAUGCUGCGAGAGAAAGGAGAAGGAUUUGGGUCAUCGAGGCCCCUGCUGUAGAUAAAGGUGUGAAGAGGAGGCACGCAGGGCAUCCCGUCCCUGCUGCCGGCGCCGGGGCAGGCGCGGGGCUGCGGCCGCGAUCGCUGCGUUGCCCCUUUAAUUGUGUCCCCAGCCCUCGGGCGUCUCUGUCCAACGCCCACGUCAGCAAAUACCUUUUGUUUCUGUGCCGCUCGGGCUCGCAGGGCUGCGGGAGCAGCGGCGCGGCGCCUGCAGGCACGGCGAGCCCCGAGGCGGGGCCGGGGAUCCCGCAGCCACCGCCCGCCCGUUCCCCCCCGGCUCGGCGGCAGCGCCCGCAGCUCCCCGCCGGUGAGUGGCGGCUCCCGCACGCCGAGCAACGUUUCAUUUCACCUUUUCUGGGAUGGAGAUUUCUUCUCAUCAGUUUCACCUCUUGCAGCAACUAAAUGAGCAGCGCAGGCAGGACUUGUUCUGUGACUGCAACAUCCUGGUGGAGGGCAAGGUCUUCAAAGCCCAUCGCAAUGUGCUGUUUGCCAGCAGCGGCUACUUCAAAAUGCUCCUUUCGCAGAGCUCCAAGGAGACCAGUCAGUCCACCACAGCCACUUUCCAGGCCUUUUCUCCUGACACCUUCACAGUCAUCCUGGAUUUUGUGUAUUCAGGCAAACUGUCCCUCACUGGUCAGAAUGUGAUCGAGGUCAUGUCGGCCGCCAGCUAUCUGCAGAUGACCGAUGUGAUCAGCGUGUGUAAAACCUUCAUCAAGUCCUCGCUGGACAUCAGUGAGAAGGAGAAGGAUCGCUACUUCAGCCUGUCAGACAAAGACGUGAGCUCCAACGGCGUGGAGAGAUCCUGUGUGUACAGCGGAGGCUGGAGGGCAGAGAGCAGCCCCCCACACCCCCACUCCAGCCCAGACCCCGGGACUUGCAUGAUGGGCGGCAACGCUUGGAGCAAUUUCAACUAUUACCCCAGCUCUCAGAGAAAUGCCCAGCAGCAGCAGCAGCAGCAGCAGCUGUCCAAACACGAGCAGCGGCAGGAUUCCAUCAAGAAAUCGCGGCACCUGGGGCUGCAGCAGCCCGCAGACAUCCCCCACUAUAAAUCAAGCAAGCUGGAGGACAGGGCUGCCGAGCCCGCCGGCCACGCCGCGCCGCCCGAGGAGCAGGUUCACAUGGACGCCGAGGUGGAAGCUCCUCACGUGGGUUACCAGUUCAGCCAGGGGGCUGAGGUGAUGCCCAGGGGCUUGGCUGUGUCCCAGCAGGAGCACGAAUCGCCUCGCUCCUCCAGUAAAUCCAAGUCCUCCAAAGCUGAGGAGCAAUACGGGAGCAUGCCCUCCAUCCUGGGAGUCAUGGGCAACUGGGCUGAAGAUGACCUGGCCAGGAUGAGGUUCAAGUGUCCAUUCUGCAGCCACGUGGUGAAGAGAAAAGCUGACCUGAAGCGUCACCUCCGCUGCCACACGGGAGAGCGGCCGUACCCCUGCGAGGCCUGUGGCAAGAGAUUCAGCAGGCUGGAUCACCUCAGCAGCCAUUUCCGAACUAUCCACCAGGCGUGCAAGCCCAUCUGCAGGAAGUGCAAGCGGCACGUGACGGAGCUGACGGGCCAGGUGGUGCAGGAGGGCACGCGGCGCUACAGACUGUGCAACGAGUGCCUGGCAGAGGCUGGCAUCGACAGCAUCCGCAUUGACUUGGAGGCUGAGGCGCCCCUGGAGUUCCCCCAGGACGGGGACAAGGAGCCCAGGUGGCACUACGGAGAGGACAACAGGUCUGACGUGGAAAUCGUGGAGGACGGCUCCAACGACUUGGUCAUCCAGCAGGUGGAUGACAGCGAGGAUGAGGCGGAGGAGAAGGAAGUGAAACCGAACAUUAGGUAGUUGGAAGACGAGGAUUGGGAAUUUUUGUGGAAGAGGGAGGAUGUACUGUGAGCAAAUGCCCUCUGCCAGCUGAUCCUACAGAGACACGUGGUUGAACAGGUCCAGACUUGCAUGUAUUUAUGGACACGUCAUUGAGGCCAUGCUGGUUUGUUAGCAGAACCCCCAUUUUUGUUUGGUUAAAAAAAUCCAUCCUGAAAUAUGGAUAAACAAGCAAACUGCAGAAUUAGUGGAUAACUUUUAUAGCAGAACCCCCAUGUGUUGUUUGGUUAAAAAAAUCCAUCCUGAAAUUAUGGAUAAACAAGCAAACUGCAGAAUUACAUGGAUAAUUUUUAUAGCAGAACCCCCAUGUGUUUGGUUAAAAAAUCCAUCCUGAAAUUAUGGCUAAACAAGCAAACUGCAGAAUUACAUGGAUAAUUUUUAUAGCAAAAUCCCCAUUUUUGUUUGGUUAAAAAAUCCAUCCUGAAAUUAUGGAUAAACAAGCAAAAUGCAGAAUUACAUGGAUAAUUUUUAUAGCAGAACCCCCAUGAGUUUGGCUAGAAAUUCCAUCCUGAAAUUGUGGCUAAACAAGCAAACUGCAGAAUUACAUGGAUAAUUUUGAUAGCAGAACCCCCACGCGUUGUUUGGUUAAAAAAUCCAUCCUGAAAUUAUGGAUAAACAAGGAAACUGCAGAAUUACAUGGAUAAUUUUUAUAGCAGGCAAUGGGGCACAUCUCAAAGCCUCUUGCAAGGAGGUUUAAAUUCUUUUUAAAAAGUCACAGAUUAUUGUAAAUUGUCAAUUUUUUACACUUUUAGAGAGGUGGGGUUUAUAGAAACAAAGUAUAAAACCCCCCAGACCAGACAACCUCUCCUGAGUGUUCAGAAGUGAGAAUUAUCCAUGAAAUGUCAUAAAAUCUUCAUGUUAUAAUAAGGAAAACAGCAGCUAAUUAAGAAAGAGCAUUUAAAUGGUUUGGCACUUUUGUCUGGAAAAGGAUUUCUGUAAAAUUUAUUAGGAUGAGACGAAUCUUUAGCAGAUCAUAUGUUCAAGAUUUAUUUCUUUCAAAGAAAAUAAGCACAUAAAUGCUUAACAUAUCAAACUGAUUUAAAUUGGGAUCAUUAACUGAUGGCAGUAGAUGUCUUUGUCUCAAAAUUAGGAUCUCAGGCUGGGUUGGUUUAAUAAGGAUUAUUAAAAUACUGUUUUUUUUUAUAUUUGGAAACCUCUCCAAAGUGCCCAGACAUGGUGGGAUUGUUGGGGUGCAGGGCCAGGAGCUGGAUUUGGAUUUGGAAUCCUUUCAGCUCAAUAUUGAAUUCUCUGCACCUUUUCCAGUCUGUACCAGUAAAACCAAGAUGUCCUGCAAGUUCUAGACACCAUAUUUGUGUCAUUUCACCCAACAAUUAGGCUACAGGGAUGGGUAAUGAUGAAGAAAUUUUAUUUCUCUACCAAAAUAAGCUUGGUUUUGUUGCUUGGUGGGUUUUUGUUACCCAGCAGUGUCAGAGGAGAGGAGCAGGAGAUGCUCCUGGGCUCCUGCUGCUCUGCAUUCCUUGGACACACCUGAGUGUUCUUGCAGCUCUUGGCAUCAUGGAACUCAAUGGCUGUAGAUUUAGAAAAUUCUAUUUUUUUUUUAUUUUUUACAGCUUUGUAAGCAUGUUUGGCUGAACCCUGGGUUUUCUUACACAACAAUCCCACAUACAUAUAUAUAAAUAUAAAUAUAUAUGUAUAUGUACUAUAUAACCCUUCCCAGGGACAGCUAAAAAGUCACUCUUUGAUUUUUAGUUGUGUAAAAACUGUAUAACUUUUCUUGUAUCAUCAUGACCAGAGAGUGCAGAAUUUUCAUUCCAGGCUGCAGGUGACCAACAAAUGACAACUUGAGAACUUCAUGCUAAAUUCAGUGUAAGGAUUGUUCACCCUCCUCUUCAUGGAAAGCAUCCCAAGGACACAAGAAAUGGUGUUUUAUUCUUCCUACAAAAAUGAUAAUUUAUUGGUUUGGGUUUGGGGAGGGAGUAACUUAAAAAUCUUUGUGAUUACUCAGAUGAAAAGAUCUUAAACAAGACUUACACUUGAUUUUAUGGGACACUUGGUCAGCAGCCCAAAAAUGGACUUGAUGUGAAAACAGACAUUUAAUUUCUUGGAGCUUUUCAACUCCUAAAAUGCCUGUUAUUAAAUGGCUUAGAAAUAUUCCUGAGCAACCUGGACUAAAUCAAACACACAGAACAAGAAAGAUUUCAAAGGAUAUGGAGAAACUUUGCUCAAAUUUCAUAGAUGUUUCCCUUUGCCUUUCCAUUAAACGGUUUGAGAACAAAUCCCAGGUAUCAGUGCCUGCUGUCCCAGGGGAAAAACGUGGCUGGAAUUGGGCUGGGUUUGUUUGGGGAUGGAUAAAGGGGAGGGGAAAAUGAAAAUAAAGUGAAAAUAAAGUGUUCUCUCCAGACCUGACAUCUUCACUGCCAACUGCAAAGGUCAGGCUAUUAAGUGUUUCUUAAUAGUGGGGGUGUUUUUAGAAGCAAAGGGAUUUUUGGAUCAAUACUCAAUUUAAUUAGAGAUCAUAAAUCUAACAAUGCUGAGGAGCAGAUGCUUCACAACGAGCUCUGAAGUGGCUCUAAACGGGCAAAUGGAGCAAUCUAUCCACAGGAAGACUUUGACUUUUUAAACACAGAUUAAUUGUUGAUUUGCUGGGCAAAUAAGGGCUUUUUUUUCUGGAUUUAUAUGUUGUUAUUCUCAUUAGUAGAACUAGAUUGCUGUAGUCAUUUUUGAAGUAUCAUAUUAAACUUGGAGGUUUAGCUCAAGGCUGCAAUCCCCACAGUCAAUGAUGUUUUUCUGGGUUUUAAAAGUUACCAUUUUUACAUUUGUUGUCUUAAUUUUGGUCGUUGUUUCCUUCCUUUUGUAUUGCAAUUCGAGAUAAAUGUUAAGUGCCUUCUG